AUGGUCACCGUACGCCUCUCUGAGCCUCCAUCGCUCCACGUCAACACCGACGUCCCGCCAAACAUGUUGCCCACACGCAGGAGUAUAUUCGGACCUGAGUGCACGCCAACCAGCGCCGUUGCGACAUCUGCCAGCGAGGCCCAGCUCCAGACACCUGCCUCUGACAACGGAGACGCAGCGGAGAUCAAAGAGAGCGUGCCUGUUCCAGAACCAAAGCGCAAGGACGAGGAUACUGAAAGCAUAGCUGAGUCGCCAAGAGGCACCAGGAUCCAGGAUACUGAAAGCAUAGCCGAGUCCCCAAGAGGCACCAGGAUUCAGGAUACUGAAAGCAUAGCCGAGUCCCCGAGAGGCACCAGGAUUCAGAAGACCAGCCUAAUUGAAGACGAUGAGGACUCGGACCCUGAGGAAGUUAACUGGGACGAGCUCCAAAGAACCGAAGACGAGCAAAGCAAGUCAAAGGACCAAGAUGAUAACUCAACGGCCAUGCUCCUUGCACGACUAGAACAAGAAAACAACAAGCUGGCAAUCAAUCCCAAGAGCGUCAAGGUCAAUGUCGUAGAACAACCAGCCACACGCCGCCCGAGACCACCAUCGAUGGCCCAGCUUAGAGAGAUGGCCCAUGGUCCGACGCCAAUGGCCCUGCGGUACUCGGUUGUGCCGCCUCCACCCAUGACGGACCUCGAGUUUUACAUGGCACUGGUCAAGGAUUACCAACAGACCGCAGCGCGGCUGCCAACCUUACUUUCCAGAAAGAUCCGCAGUGGCAUCCCCCCGCCCCUGCGUGGCGUCGUUUGGCAAAGUAUGGCGCAGGCCGGUGACACGACUCUAUUGGAGCAUUUCGAGCGUCUCAGCGGCGAAUCCAGCCCCUACGAAGGGAUCAUCGGCAAGGACCUGGGCCGAAGCUUCCCAGGAGUCGACAUGUUCAGAGAUCCAGAUGGCGACGGGCAGCGUAUGCUCGGCCGCGUGUUAAAGUGCUUCAGUCUCUAUGAUCAAAAGAUUGGGUACUGCCAAGGCCUCGCUUUCCUGGUCGGGCCGCUCUUGAUGCACAUGCCGGACAAUCAGGCGUUCUGUGUGUUGGUAAGGCUGAUGGAGAACUACGACCUACGGUCGUGCUUCCUGCCGGACCUGUCUGGCUUGCAGGUGCGCAUCUACCAGUUCCGAGAGCUUCUCCGACAGCACUUUACGGCCGUGUCGAAUCACCUCGAGGAACUCCAGGUCGACCCGACCUAUGUAUCACAGUGGUUCUUGUCCUUCUUCGCUACCACCUGCCCGCUCCCCAUGCUGUUCCGCAUCUACGACGUCAUCUUCGCAGAGGGCGCUUCGGAAACAAUCAUGCGUGUCGCUCUCUCGCUCAUGCAGAAGAACGAGAGUCGAAUCCUGGCUUGCACGGAGCUCGAGGAUGUCAUGCAUCUCUUGUUAUCGAGGGGUUUGUGGGAUUGCUAUCACUACAGUGCAGACGAGUUUGUCGAGGACUUUGUUGGACUGUCGAAUGUUGUCUCCCGAGAGAGGCUGGCGCAGCUUGAGCUUCAAUACCGGGAAGAGAAGGUCGCCACUAGCAAUGCUGGACGGACCUCUGCAGUCAGCAACGCCGCUUCGCGGUUCUUGGGUCGCCUCUGGACAACUAGCGUGUCAGUCACCUCUCCGCGCGGCGCGCUGAGCCCAGGCCUCACUGCGCCUUCCCGGCCAUUGAGCAUGCUACGCAGGUCAACUUCGAAGCAAAGUUUGGCUUCGACAUUGAACUCAGUGGAGGCGAGUUCCUCGAGCAUUCUCAGCACCACAUUUACGGACGCUACAGCAAUAUCCAGAGAUUCCUCUACUGCCGAUGCCAACUCGAUUCGCGAAUCGGCGCCGGUCGCACCAAAAUCACAGGGCACGAGCAAUACACAAGACAAAUCCCUGCACAACCAGAUCGAGGAUCUUCUGACUGCGCUUAGCGAGCUACAGCGCAACCAUGCGCUCCUUGCCACACAAUUGCAAAGCCAGCAGGAGGAAAGGGAAGAAGACCAGAAAGCUGUCAGAUCAUUGCUGGACGGGCUCAAGAGGAAUACCAAACGAGACAGCACAGAUUCUGGAAACAGCUCCACGGAAGACUCUGACGACAGCUCACCUGUUCAAAUGGCGACUGAUGAGCUUACCACGCCCGAGCUGCGCCAGCUGGUCGAGAAUGUCGAGGAACGGUUUGGAAGCAACAACCCAGGGCAUGCGCGCAAGUCCUCCAUGGCCCAGACAAAAGCUCAGCUUCGUGAACAGCUCGAAAGGACCAAGGAACACUUGAUGAUCGAGACCUCGAAAACACGAGAAUCGGAGCGACGCGUCAAUGAAUUGACACAGGAGGCGAGCAAUCUACGGGAAGAAUUGCGGGAGAGUCACAGCCGUCUAAGAAGUGCUCAUCAAGACAGGCAACGACUCGAGAAGCAGUUUCACAGCAUGAAAGGCCGCGCCUCGAUAGAAGCCCCGACCGCAUCAUCGGAACAGCCUGGGUGGUUCUCGUCAUCAAGCAGACUGGACACGGGAGCGCCGGCAAACGGCAGGCCGGGCGGCCUAAAAGAGCUCAAGCUGGGACGUAGCAAGUCGACGCCAAACACCCAAGCUUACCCGGCUCGGAACUCGUCCAUUGUUCGAACUCAGACAGAGCCAAUGACAUCAACAAUUAGCGAACAUGAGACGCUCGUCCUUGAGCUGGUGCAGGCCAAGACGGCAGAAGCAGUGGCUCGACAGGAAGCCGAAGAGUACAAGCAGAAACUCGAAACGCUCAGGAAAGCAUAUGGCCUUGCGGCAGUCGACACGCCGCCGGCCACCAACUCUGGUGGCCUGGGAGUGUUCAGUCGGCUCACUGGAGGAAGCACGGAUGGAAUGGGCAUGACCAGCAAUACCCGAACAGUGUCGUCGAGCUCGGCGACCACCCCAGCAACCACCCCUGGCACCGCAGCCACCGGAGGUGGGUUCUGGGGCUGGCGAAGAUGA